AAACACACACAGGAUAUUAAACCUCCAGCCACUGUUGACUUUCCUGCUACCAGAUAACUUGCUGUUUGUUUCUAUGCAUGUCAUCAUCAUCAUCCCAGCAGGCGAUGGACAUGCAGACCAUGGUGACCGUCUCCAUGGAGACAUAAUUGCAGACGGAGACAGCUCAUAGAGUCUAUGUUCAGGAGAGCAGUGGUGGAGGUCAGGAACGUCUCUGGACCUUCAGUCCUGCACCACUAAACCUGAACAGCGAGGAAGAAAACCUGGGAUCAGCUGCUGACUUCUUCUGAAGAUCAGAACCGUGCCGAAGGAGAACACCCAGAUGAUUCUGAAAGCAGGGGAAGGACGAUAGGAGCCGCCUGGUUUGAAGCCUGCUCCAGCUUCAUGCAGUGACUCAUCAGACCUUAUCUACGCCCUGCUAAUCUGAGGAGGGAGCAACAAGGAGGCGGGCUGGACCUGCUGAGCUCACAGAGCAGCAGAAGCUUCGGCGCCACCAUCUGAAGAUGGAGGCUGCUCUGAGGACGCUGUACGCGGCGCUCAUGGUCCUGUCAGCUUCAGCAGCCGUCUGUGGAAACCUCUUCAUCCUGACGGUGCUGCUGCUCAACAAAGAGCUUCAGUCAGAUACUCUGUGCCUCACCCUGAGCUUCAGCCUCAGCGACCUGGCGACCGGGCUCUCCGUUAUUCCCUUCGGAGCCUACAACAGCCUGUCCUGGCCUGCUGUGUACCCCAGCCAGGGGGUGUUCUGUCAGGGCAGCGGCUUCAUCCUCCUCCUCCUGCAGGCCUGCUCUCUCCAGUCCCUCACCUGGGCCACGGUGGACAGGUUCUCUGCCCUCUGCUUUGCCCUGAGUUACCGCAGCAUGUGGACCAGCAGGAGGAGCUGGGUCCUGCUGGUCCUCGUCUGGUUCUUCUGCCUGCUGAACGCCACUCUGCCCAUGCUGGGCUUCGGCAGCUAUGCUUACAGCAAGUCUCGGUUCCUCUGCUGUGUAGAGUUCACUCCUGAAAACCGGAGGUUUGUGGUUCUGUGGGUGGUGGUCAGCGUAGCGGGGCCCGUCCUCACCAUCUGCUCUCUCUACGCCUACAUGGUCCACAUCGCCAGGAAACAGGCCAGGAAAGGCACCUUUGUGUGCAAUGAGCUGCACUGCUUCCACGUCCCAGCAAACACCUACCUGAGGAGCUCCGCAGUGAUGGCCGCCACCUCAGCGUGUCUGCUGGUCUGCUGGCUUCCCUUCAUCUCAGUCUGUCUGUAUGAGACGUUCAGCGGACAGCAGAGCCCAGAAGCUGCUGCGGCUCUGUCCACCUGGCUGGCUCUGACCAGCGCCGCCAUCAACCCCUGGAUCAUCUGCAUGACUCAGAGCAGGUACCGCUCAGCAGUGCAUCAGAGGCUGAGCAGGUUCUACCAGAGCUGCUCUGGGAUGGUUCCUCGGCUCCACCGUUCUGCAUCAACAUCUGCUACAGAAACGGCUCCGUCACCUACGCCUGGACCGCAGUAAGCCCCUCCCCCCCAGCUGGAUCAGAACAGUGAAAUCAGCACAGCUAAUCAGGCUGUCCUGUUAGCUAGAGGACAUCAUCUGGGUGAAAGGUCAGACGGACUGAAGAAUCACAGGAUGGACGGACGGAUGAUUGGGGGUGGGGUUUGGGUGGGGGGUGAUCAGUAACUAGGUCCAUUCAGAGGAUCAGAACAUUUAGCACCCGCUGCUGCUUAUCGGAACUAGAAUCAGUAGAUUUUUGACCAAAGAAGGUAAAUAAGAUGAUCUUCUAAUGGAACGGGGAUUUCUGCCCAUGAAUAAGAUCUUUAUGAAUUCUGCUCUAGCAAUAACAUAGUGGAGUUAUUUUAUUUCUUAUAGAGCAGAGCACUGGAGCAUCUCAUCUGACU